AUGAUCUACGAAUGGCUUAAAUUCUGCGGCACUAAUAUCAAGCCAAGUUUUCACUCAAAGUUACAGGUUGUGUUGUUUAGGGAUUUAAAUAAGAACUACAAAUUUUGGUGUGUUUCACAGAUAGUUACUAGAUCUGGUGACAAACAAAUACCGACAUUACAUGGAAAUUCAUCUAAUCUCUCGUAAAAAAAAGUGCAACAAUACCAUAACGAUGAUUGUUAAUUUUCGGAGAGUAAUUCCCCGACGCAAUUCUGUUAUGACAAUCCGGUAGCCGGCUCAUCAUACGUAUGACCGUGUAUGCAUGUAUGUGCCGCGAUUGUACUAAUUUUACGAGCCAAAAUUCACUCUUAUUUGUUUUUCCAACCAAGUCAAUACGCAACAGGUUGUUAAUAGAUCCACAAACCAAGCUAGAUGAGAACAUCUCACGAUAUGUUUAGAACUUCAAGACACUGUGCUUUCUUGUCUUCAAGACAAUUCAAUAACGAAAAUGUAAUCCUCAGAAAUGCACAUCACAGUUGCAAAAUAUUGGUGGUUGGCGGAGGGACUGCCGGUUGCACGAUGGCUGCAAAAUUUAGCAAUAAAUUUAAGGGCUCAAAGGAUAGAGUUGUUAUCGUCGAACCUAGCGAGAGACAUUAUUAUCAGCCUAUGUUCACCUUGAUCGGGGGAGGUGUCAAAACUCUGGAAUCGUCUUACAAGAGUAUGGAGAAAGUUUUACCGAAAGAUGCACAGUGGAUAAAAGAUCGGGUGGUCAAGUUUGAACCAGAAUCUAACACGGUUACUGUUGCAAAUGGAGAUUCUAUCCAAUACGAAUAUUUGAUAGUUGCUUUAGGUCUUCAACUCUACUGGAACAAAAUUCCAGGCCUCUCAGAAGCCUUAGAGGAUCCCGAGGUUCCAGUUUGUUCAAUAUACGGACCUGAAACUGUUGGAAAAGUUUUCAGAACAAUAGAAAAUACAAAAAGUGGCUCAGCAUAUUUCACUUUUCCAAAUUCUCCAGUGAAAUGUCCGGGAGCACCGCAGAAGAUAGUUUAUCUUGCUGAAGAAUAUUGGCACAAUAAAAGGAAGCUCCAAGACAUUCAUGUUACAUACAACACUGCACUGCCAGUUAUUUUUGGUGUUAAAAAGUACGCUGAUGCUCUAUGGAAGGUCUGCCAGAGCAGAAAUAUAUCGGUGAAUUUACAGACGAAUUUAAUUGAAAUUAGAACAUCCAAAAACGAGGCAGUUUUUCAGAAUUUACAAAACCCGGAUGAAUUGAAUACUGUGAAGUAUUCCAUGCUGCAUGUUACACCGCCAAUGGGACCUCCUGAAUUGUUGAAGAAUCACUCUGCACUGACUAACGAGGCUGGAUUUUUGAGUGUUGAUCCUCAAACUCUGAGGCACGAUAAAUACUCGAAUAUAUUUGGCCUUGGUGACUGUACGAAUACUCCGAAUUCAAAAACUAUGGCCGCAAUUGCGGCACAAUCAAAGGUCGUUUACGAACAUCUGUCCGCGGAUUUGAGUGGAAAGGUAUCAAAAGAGACGUACAACGGCUAUGCUUCCUGCCCUCUUGUUACUGGCUAUGGAAAGUGUAUCUUGGCUGAAUUCGACUACAAGCUUCAGCCCACCGAAACUUUCCCUAUCAAUCAAGCCAAAGAAUAUUUUGCUAUGUAUUUAUUGAAGAAAUAUUUCUUCCCUUAUCUCUAUUGGAAUUGGAUGCUGAAGGGUCACUGGAAUGGUCCUGCUAUAUUUCGCAAGUAUCUUAACUGCUUUUCGAGAAAAGAAGUUGCCCCAAUAUCAAAGACACAGUGAAGCUGAAUCUAAUGAUCACAGAUGUCAUUGAAACCAUUUACUGUACAAAAUGUACAUAUGUAUUAUUCGUUAUUUAAUAUCCUGUCGAUGUCAUAUGUAAACAAUGUAAAUACUCGAGGUAUCUUUAAAGUCCUAUACAUGCAAAAAAACUUUUUCAAGCAUCCAAAAAUGUCCGAGAAAAAGACAUACUUUAUAUUUCUUA